ACUCAUGCCUGGAAGUUUUGACUGCUGUCUCUUCACAAACUAGCUAACGUUAGCUUGCUAAAGUGACGCACUUGGUGGAUUAGGAUGUUAAGACUAGCAUGGCGUCGGUCGGCGUCCAAACAUAGCCGCGCGGGACCUACAUGCGUGUUAACUGCAGCUUAUUCGGGAGCGUAUAGUCCACAGCAGAAAUCACAGGGUGACUUAAGGUGUUUCAGACAAAUUCCCCACCCACCAAGCGACAGGUCACCGCUCCUCCAUCCCCGGGCGGCCUGCUACCUCAGGUAUCCAUGGGGGAAGGAUGCUUUUGACAAAGCAAAGAAUGAAGACAAACCCAUCUUUUUAUCCGUGGGCUAUUCCACAUGCCAUUGGUGCCAUGUUAUGGAGAGGGAGUCCUUCGAGGACGAGGAAAUUGGCAAAAUCCUUAGUGAAAACUUCAUCUGCAUCAAGCUAGACAGAGAAGAGAGGCCUGAUGUGGAUAAGGUCUACAUGACCUUUGUGCAGGCAACAAGUGGAGGUGGUGGUUGGCCUAUGAGUGUGUGGUUGACUCCUGAACUUCGACCUUUCAUUGGAGGCACCUACUUCCCUCCCAGAGACCGUGGAGGUAGACCUGGGUUCAAGACGGUCCUCACCAGAAUCAUAGAUCAGUGGCAGAAUAAUCGUCCUGCUUUGGAGUCCAGUGGGGAGAGGAUCAUUGAGGCCCUGAAAAAAGGCACAACCAUCACUGCAAACGCAGGCCAAAGUCCUCCACUGGCUCCAGACGUGGCUAAUCGCUGCUUCCAGCAGCUCGCCCAUUCCUAUGAGGAAGAGUAUGGAGGCUUUAGAGACGCUCCAAAGUUCCCCUCACCAGUGAAUCUGAUGUUCCUCAUGUCCUAUUGGACUGUGAAUCGCUCCACAUUGGAAGGGGUCGAGGCUCUCCAGAUGGCCUUGCACACGCUUCGCAUGAUGGCGCUGGGAGGCAUCCAUGACCACAUUGCACAGGGUUUUCAUCGUUACUCCACAGACUCCUCCUGGCAUGUUCCUCACUUUGAGAAGAUGUUGUACGACCAGGCUCAGCUGGCUGUUGCCUACAUAACAGCUUCCCAGGUUUCAGGUGAGCAGUUUUUUGCAGAAGUGGCUAAGGAUGUACUGCUUUACGUCUCCAGAGACCUGAGCGACAAGUCUGGGGGCUUCUACAGUGCAGAGGAUGCAGACUCUGUCCCGGCUUCGGGGGGACCAGAAAAGCGAGAGGGGGCUUUCUGCGUGUGGACAGCCUCUGAAGUUCGGGAGCUCUUACCAGACGUGGUGGAGGGCACCGCUGGUAAUGCUACGCUGGCUGACAUCUUUAUGCAUCACUAUGGGGUCAAAGAGCAAGGCAAUGUUGCUCCAGAACAGGACCCCCACGGGGAGCUGCAGGGCCAGAAUGUGCUGAUCGUGCGUUAUUCAGUCGAGUUAACAGCUGCUCGCUUUGGCAUCACUGUCGAGAAAGUCAAUGAGCUCCUGGCCUCUGCCAGAGCCAAAAUGGCCGUAGUGAGAAAGAGUCGGCCACGCCCUCAUCUGGACACCAAGAUGUUGGCCUCCUGGAAUGGCCUGAUGCUGUCGGCCUACGCUCGCGUCGGAGCUGUGCUGGGAGACAAGGACUUGGUGGAGAGAGCAGUGAAGGCUGGGGGUUUCCUAAAGGAGCACCUGUGGGACGCUAAGCAGCAGACCAUCCUUCGAUCUUGUUACCGUGGAGACCAGAUGGAGGUGCAACAGAUAUCUCCGUCUAUCUCUGGCUUCCUGGAUGACUAUGCCUUCAUCAUAUGUGGUUUGCUGGACCUGUACGAGGCCACGCUACAAACAGAGUGGCUGCAGUGGGCUGAGGAGCUGCAGCUGAGGCAGGACGUGUUGUUCUGGGAUGAUCAGGGCAGAGGCUACUUCUGCAGUGAUCCCACUGACAGCACAGUACUGCUGCAGCUGAAAGAGGAUGAGGAUGGAGCUGAGCCCAGUGCUAACUCAGUCUCAGCGUUCAACCUCCUUCGUCUGUCCCACUACACUGGAAGACAGGAGUGGCUCCAGAAGUCCCAGCAGCUACUGACGGCAUUCUCUGACCGUCUGACCACUGUUCCCAUAGCCUUGCCUGAAAUGGUGCGAGCUCUUAUGGCCCAGCACUACACACUUAAACAGAUUGUGAUCUGUGGCCAGAGGGAUGCUCCAGAUACCACAAGUCUCCUAGCAGCAGUCAAGUCCCUCUUCCUCCCAUAUAAGGUAAGCUUUCAACAUCAUGUUUGAUUGAAAGUGAUGCAU